AUGGGUUCCAUUACAGAACGUGCCAUUCCAGCAGGGACCCUUGUCGUCGUGAGUGGAGCGAAUGGUUUUAUCGCAAGUCAUGUUGUUGACCAGCUUCUGCUGGCUGGCUACCGCGUCAGAGGGACGGUCCGCAACUGCCACAAGUCUGCAUGGUUGAAUGACUAUUUUGGCGACAAAUAUGGUUCUGGCAAGUUCGAGCUGAUUGAGGUGCCAGAAAUGGCUGAGAAGGGAGCUUUCGAUGAAGCAGUCAAAGGUGCCUCUGGGUUUAUUCACACAGCAACACCCGUCAUGGUGUCGUACGAUCCAAAUGAAGGCGUUCCGAUUGUCGUAAGCGGCACGUUGAACGCGCUCAAAGCUGCUGCCCGCGAGCCCUCUAUCAAACGCUUUGUGCUGACUUCGUCUUCCACUGCUGCGAUCAGUCCGAAGCCGAACGUGGAGCUCAGCGCCGAUGAAACGACGUGGAACGACGAAGCGGUGAAAGCAGCCUGGGCUCCUCCCCCCUACGAAGGUGAACAGAGGAAGCUCGAUGUGUACUCCGCCAGUAAAACACAGGGCGAGCAAGCUGCUUGGAAGUUCAUGAAAGAAGAAAAGCCUGGAUAUGUCUUGAACACAGUCCUCCCAAACUGCAACAUGGGUUUGGUGCUCUCACCUGAGCAUCAAGGGGCGCCAAGUACGGUCGGCUGGCUCAAGGCACUCUGGAACGAGUUCAAGGGGCAAGAGACACUCGCGUUCAAUCCGCCACAGUACUAUGUGAACGUGCAAGACAAUGCCCGCGUCCACGUUGGCGCCCUGAUUUGUCCAGACGUUCAAGGAGAGCGCUUGUUCGCGUUUGCAUACCCUUUCAACUGGAAUGAUAUUCUGGCAAUUUAUAGGAAAUUAUACCCUGAACACAAAUUCAUGGAGGAUCUACCUGACCUUGGUAGAGAUCUUAGCAAGAUCGCAAACGAAAGGGCGGAGAAAAUUGUGAAACGAUUUGGAAGGCCGGGAUGGACGAACUUGGAGGACACCAUCCGUGACACUACGAGGGGAUGGGCCUGA